AUGUCGGAAUCUUCACGGCCCAUGGCCUUUGCGGCCAGGUUUCUCCCCAUCGUCUUUUGUCUGGUCUUGCUGGGCUCGUUGACGUUUCACAAUGUCUAUUCUUCGGAUGACCCGUAUCGAUGUAGAGCGCUGCUGGGCGAGAGUGAACGAAAUGGAAGCUGGAUCCAUGCUCCGGAUGAGACGGGUGCGAGGAAGCCCUUCACGAAUUGGCAGCCUGAUGGAUGUAUGCUGCAUCAUUACACGGCGCAGGACAUCAAGGAUUGCAUGGGUGAUCGCCAUUUGGUCUUCUCUGGCGACUCGACGACACGACAGAUAUACUGGGGCACUGCGCGAUUGUUGGAUCGUAAUAAGGCCAUGGAAGGUCGCAAGAAGGCCAAGCCUCACCGAAGCUACAACACAACCUUCAACGGCGUACGAAUGCUGCACAUCUGGAACCCCUUUUACCAUACCGAACCAGGUCACCCUCUCCGAGAACAGCUCGAGCGAAUCAGCGAGGACAAGCACAAGCAAGGCCAGAUCAAGGAGUCCGCGGAAGAGAAAGCGAAGCGAAAGGAAGUGCACCAUGGCUCCGAUCCUGGUCUCAUCAUGCUAGGCGCUGGUGCUUGGUACGCCGGUAACUUCUUCGGCAACGAGUCUGACAAGCGAUUCGCCGUGGCCCUGGACAACAUCACCGACAUCCUGCAUCUGGGAGACCUCACCAAAUGGGGUACAGGACCAAUGGACCCUGUUGAAGGCAUUGGCAAUGAAGUUUUCCUCGCCCCCGUGGCACCUCCAUACUACAAUGAACUCCCCAAGUCCCGCACUGGACCCAAGGGUAUUCACAAGGGUGAGGUCGAAAACAUUGAUAAGGUCAUCUACAGCCAGGAAGAGGAGCACAACCUUCGUCUGCUCCGAGCAUUCCCUCAGCUCUCACUCAAUCAACCUGAGGCUAUCGUUGACAGGACUCAGACUGGCUUCCACGUCAUUGACACCGUGGCUGAGAUCAAAGCCAACAUCCUGCUCAAUGCCCGAUGCAACGCCAAGCUUGAUCGAAUGCACGGAUAUCCCUUCACUCGAACUUGCUGCACAGAUUACCCCACGCGAUCAUGGGUCCAGAUUGCCGUUCUCGGCUUCAUUACUCUCUACGUAAUUGCGUGCAUCUGCUACGAGGGCGUAACUCUCGUCUCGUCUAUCGAGAUCAAGUGGCUCGAUAUGAAGGUUGGCAUGUUUGCUGUCUCUCUUCUCUACUGUUUCGCUGCCGACCGUACCCAUCUGUUCUCCAAGGGCAUGAAGGAGUUUAUUCCAAAUGAGUUCUACCUUCUGAUCUCAAUCUGUCUCGUCAUUGCUGGCCUCACCAUUCGCAAGACAAAGUUCCGUGCACCUCGUCUUCCGAUUACUGAGGGCGCUGCCGCUCCUACCACUGCCACCGUGACGAUUAAUGAGGAUGCCGGCGUCCUCUCACGAGAUCAGACUGAAGAGUGGAAGGGCUGGAUGCAGGCUGCCAUUCUUGUAUACCACUGGACCGGUGCAAUCAAGAACCUUCCCAUCUACAUCUUUAUCCGAUUGCUUGUCGCUGCCUACCUGUUCCAGACUGGAUACGGACAUACCAUCUACUUCCUCUCCAAGAAGGACUUUUCAUUCCGUCGCAUUGCAAGUGUCAUGCUGCGCUUGAACAUGCUGAGCUGCGCCCUUCCUUAUGUCAUGGGAACUGACUACAUGUUUUACUACUUUGCGCCUCUUGUCAGCUUCUGGUUCAUGGUCGUCUAUGCCACCAUGGCCAUCUGCUCCGGCUUCAACGAUAGUGUCAAGAUCGUCACGAGCAAGAUCUUUGCCUCUUUCAUCAUCGUCACAGCCAUUCUCAACUUGACUCCUCUCACCCAAUGGGCUUUCGCCAUUCUCGAGGUCGUCUUCCGCAUCAAGUGGAACCUCGAUGAGUGGAUGUUCAGAGUAACCCUUGAUGGAGCCAUUGUGUUUGUCGGCAUGCUUGCUGGUGUCGCGCAACAGCGACUCGAGCGUGAUUCUGCUUGGUACACCAACUUCAAAGCUGCCAUCAUUCCUUCGGCCCUGUCAAUCCUUGGCUAUGCUUACCUCUGCACAUACACUGGUGACAGAAAGGUCUAUAUCAUGAUGCACCCUGUCAUUGCUGCAGUGCCUAUUCUUGCCUUCAUUGCUCUCCGCAACGCUACCGCUACCAUGAGGAACUACUACUCUACUGCCGCAGCGUGGCUCGGUCGAUGCUCUCUUGAAACAUUCAUCCUGCAGUUCCACGUCUUCCUGGCCGCUGACACCAAGGGCGUCCUUCUCUUGGAUAUCUUCAAGGGCGAUGCCAGUCUCCUCAAUGACCGCUGGCGAGACCUCGCGGUCAUUGUCCCCAUCUUCUUCUGGGUCAGCCACCUGGUCGCCGAAGCAUCCGGCAAGAUCGUCAAGCUCAUUCUGGGUGAGGCCAAGCCAAAGCAAGGCAUCCCAGAGAUCGUGGAAGAUGAUGAAGAGGGCGGCGAGCUGAAGAUUGUCGAGCCUGUAUGGGAGAACAUGCCCAUGCUCAACAACGUCCACUUGGACCGCGCAAAGGACUUUGCCAAGUCUUUUACGACUGGCCUUCACAUGCGUGUCGCAGGCAUCCUUGGAGUGAUGUGGCUGCUCAACUGGUUGUAUUAA